AUGCCCGCAGGCAUGUGUUCCGUGGAUGUGGCUGAGUUGAACCAAAUAACGAUGGGUAAGAAACUUGGUAGCGGGAGCUUUGGCUCAGUAUAUGCCGGCAUCCUUCCCAGUGGGCAGUUUGUUGCUGUUAAGGAGUUGGAAUUGGCGGAAGAUUCCCCAACUAACACCGAGGUGGAGGUUCACAAGAAGUUGGUGCAUGAAAACGUCAUUCGAUACCUUCACAGCCGCAUCGAUAACGAGAGCACGCCCAAACGUUUGUACUUGUAUCUCGAGUUUGUCACUGGCGGCUCCGUUUCGUCGCUCAUGAAGACUCUCCCCAAUGGUCAUCUGCCGUACCCAGUGGUGCGUGUGUAUUCCCGCCAAAUGUUUUCUGGAUUGGAAUAUUUGCACCGGAAUAAAGUUGCUCACCGUGAUAUAAAGGGGGACAACCUGCUUAUAUCAAUGGACACAGGCAUAGCAAAGCUCGCCGAUUUCGACCAAGCGAAGGUUAUGACCACAUAUGGAACUCUUCGGCAGGCGGCGACAUCCACGCUUGCAGGCACUCCUUACUGGAUGGCCCCAGAAGUUAUUACGGAUGAGAAUGGGUACGAUCCAUUUAAGGCGGAUAUUUGGUCGGCUGGGUGCACGGUUGCCGAGAUGAUUACGGGUCGUGCACCGUGGACACCCAUGGCUAAUGUGAUGCAUAUAAUGAACAAACUCGCCAUGUCCACAGGUUGGCCCGAUGCUAUCCCAAAGGACCCUAAUGCCUUAGGAUCGCAGGAGGCGUACGAUUUUCUUGACUUAUGUUUCCGUCGCACCGUUGCGGAGCGCCCCGACGCUGCAACGCUCUUGCAACAUCCCUUCUUAAAGGUCUAG